CCUCCAUCCAUCUAAGUAAUAUCUGCUGCAAUUCACCAACACAAAACCCCCAAAAGUCCACCUAAAAAACAAAAAAAAAACACACCAAACAAAACCACAGAAAGAAAGAAAGAGUGAAAAGAGUCUACAAAAUCAAUCCACAACUACAAAAUCAUCCAUGGCUGAAGAAGAAGAAGAAGAAGAAGAAGAAGAAGAAGAACAAUCAGCAUCUCCAACAACAUCAACAUCCUCGUCCUCAUCGAUGUUGAUAAUAAGAUUGAUGAGUAAAAGAAGAACAUGGGCAUGUCUGUUCAUCGUGGUCUACACUGUUCUCUUAUCAUCCUCAUGGAACAUCCUUAAAUCCAUACUCUCAUGGUACGAAACAACCGCUUCCUCAUCUUCUGCUCUCUACGCUUCGGUGGCGCUGGGUGCUCUGUUCGGCCUCCUCUCCAUGGCGGCCGCCCUCGCCGUGGCGGUUCCGGCCACCAUGGUGACGUGGGUAACGGUGCUGGUGCUGCUGGCCUUCUGUGGGAAGCCACGGACCGCUCUGGUGGAUGAAGGCAAGAAAUUGACGUUUGAGAUUGUUGGGUUUGUGGUCAAGAUCUUGAUCAGGGAAGGGAAUGUUGUCGCCGCCAUUUGUGCCGUAUUAGUAUACGUUGCACUGUUUAGGAGGAACAGAGAUGAUGUUGUUUAGUUUUGGAAUUUAUUUUCUUUGUUGAAAUUUUGGGAGACAUUCAAGAACAUGAUAG